UGCGGGAGCGCAACAAAUUGCCCUGAUACUUCCGCGGACACGGUUGGUCUACGUCUGAGUAGUCGAGCCUAUUCGAAACCACCUAUGUAAAUAAUGCACUGCUGCUCACUUUGGGGCGUAGGCCUACACGAGUCACGACUGGGUAAAUAGCCGGGAUUUUUAAUCGCCUUACAAAUGGAGCAAAUUCGACAUGGAAAGACGAGUCGAUAUGGAGCUCGCCCAUCACAGACUGGCGCCAAGUCGAAGUGAAAUUAAUUGUAAAGUGUGCAUCUCCUUCACUGCAUCUGUGGUCAUUUCUACAUUUACGUGCACCUUGGUGGUCUUUCACCUAUUGGGUGUACAGUCAACGGUAUCUCCUGUAAAAGAAGCAACAGGCUACCAGAAGCUGCAGGGGGAGCGCACACAAAAUACUCAAAGAAUGCCCAGACCUAAUGCUCACCUAGUCGCAGUUUGCAGCGAUGUCGAUGGAGUCCUUAGUUGGCAGAACAGCUCCAAAGAGGACCUCAACAUGGAGUACAAUGACAGCGAACGGAGCCUGGUCAUUCCCAAAAAGGGCUUUUACAUCAUCUACCUGCAGAUAUCCUACCGUUUCACAGAAAACUUCAUCUGCAAGGGAGACAAUGUGGUCCUGAUUCACGAAGUGAUCAAGCGGAGUCUGCUGAGAUACAGUUACACAAAACCUAAGAACGUUAUCAGUUCCUUAGAGACUGUGUCGUGCACGGAAAAGUACUGGGGGAGAACCACACACAGCAUGGCCAGGAUAUUUUUCCGCAAGGAAGACAGACUCCAGGUGAAACUGAGCUCUAACUGGUCGCUGGUCGAUAUUUACGGUCCACAUGGGACAAAAACAUUCUGGGGAGUGUACCUCGACAGGGACCUCAAAUAGGUGUCAUUUUGCACAGUGCAGGCUGUAUUGAGUCGAAAUGUUCAUUUUGCAAAUUUACAUCAAUAUAAAUGCUGAUGUACUGUAUGGAAACCAUAGAUGAAGACGCUGUACUGUGGUGCCUGAAUGUAUGCUGUGGGUUUGGUGCUCGUGGAUCGGGUAGUCUUUCUGUAUUAGUGAUACCGUUAAGUGUAAACAGAAACUAUCUAGACCAGUGGUCGCCAACCCGUCGAUCGCGAUCGACCUGUAGAUCUUUAGGACUUGCCCGGUAGAUCCCGAGAAUAACAGGAAAAACACAAACAGUCACCAAAUUCCUGCAUGGUCGCCAACGUUUACAGGGCCUAAAAAUCAGCGCAGGAUUAUGGGUAUAGCGCAUGAUUUAUUCAAAACCCGCAACUCAAAUUAUGUAUGGCGUUGAUAGGCUAUUUUUGACCUGAUACCUUUGCCUAAAUAAAAGACCUUAAAUUGGAAGUAUUUUAGCUUUGAUUCUGUUUUGACGCUUCAUGGUAGAUCUUGACUUUGUUCAGGGCGAGGUCAGGGAUCUUGGGCUCAAAAAGGUUGAUGACCACUGAUCUAGACUAACUGACUAGAGACCUAACUAGAGAAGGAACAAAGACACUUUCUCUCCAAAGUGACCAGAAGUUCUUCCUUCUUUUUUACCAAAUGAUAUUGAUAUCAUGUAUGUGUGCGAGUGUGUGUGCUUUAUCUGAUCUCAGCGUUGCUGUGGGUGUCACGUCGUCACAAUAUCAAUUCCUGUGAUGGGUGACAUUUGCUUGGGAACAUGUGCCUUUUUCUUCAGAUCUGUAUCUGCCUUUGUAUUUCACACACUUUCACUAUCAUCAGCAGAAUAUGUUAUAUAUGUAUAUAUGUAAAGUAAAUAUUUUCAGUACUGUA